AUGCCCCCCAAACGCAAGUCCGCCGACGCCGACGUGCCACCACGGCGCUCCACGCGCCAACGCACCUCUGCUGCCGCCGCCACGCCCACAGCAUCGUCAGCGCCAUCGAGGCCAGCCAGCAAAAAGACCAGCACCGCGUCCGCGGGCGCCAAAAAGGCGGCUGCAUCCAGCAGCAGCAAGGCAAGGGCGAAGCCAGCGGCGGCGCAGGAGCCCGCACCAACAGCCCCCAAGUCCAAAUCUGCUGUCAGGGGCCAGGUCCCGUCCAAGCAGAAGGCCGUCGCCGCCGCCACUACCAGCAACGGUGCACAGGCCGCGUCCUCCGAUGGCGAGCGGCAGUACUGGCUGCUCAAGGCCGAGCCCGAGUCGCGCUUCGAGAACGGCGUGGACGUCAGGUUCUCCAUUGACGACCUGGCCGUGAGGACGGAGCCCGAGCCCUGGGAUGGAAUCCGAGCAUAUGCAGCUGACCAGACCCCUUCUUCCCUUCCUCCAGCGCGCAACAACCUCCGUGCCAUGAAAAAGGGUGACCUAGCCUUCUUUUACCACUCCAACUGCAAGGAGCCCGGCAUCGUAGGCACCAUGGAGAUCGUCCAGGAGCACUCCCCCGACCUUUCGGCGCACGAUCCCAAAGCGCCGUACUACGACGCCUCGUCCAAGCCGUCCGACCCCAAGUGGAGCGUCGUGCACGUCAGGUUCCGCAGCAAGUUCCCCGUGCAGAUCGGCCUCAAGGAGCUCCGCGAGAUGGGCGCCGGCGCCGGCAAGCCGCUCGAGAACAUGCAGAUGCUGAAGCAGUCGCGGCUGAGCGUCAGCAAGGUCAGCGCCGCCGAGUGGGAGUACCUGAACCGAGUCGCCGAGGAGAAAGCCGCUGCCAAGUAA